AUGAGUGACCCGAAAUCUAGUCCCGAUGACGAAUGCACAGGCGGGGAAGCUAGCGGAAUGAGGGAGUCUUCCAUUUUGCUGAUUACGGAAAGUUCUACUGUUCCAAUAGAGUCCCCCGUUGUCAGGCCCGAAGCUUCUCAAGAGGAGAAUCCAGAAAUCCCGACUACUUCCAAUGGUUCCGACUCUUCUAUAUGCCGCAUUUGCCAGCUUGGGUUUGAAGAAUCUGGUGAGAUAUUACGUGACACAGCCUGUAAAUGCAAAGGAUCCGUGAAGCGUGUCCAUGCUACCUGUCUGAUUAUGUGGGUGCGACAGAAAGGGUCUAACGCAUGUGAAAUCUGUGGAGGGACGUUUUUCGUGUCUCCACCCUCGUCUCAGUCAGACGUCAUUCCCAUAGUUUCGAUACAGAACUGGCCAUCUGAUGCGAGCCAAGGCUCUCUCUCACGGCGCUUGGGAAGAUGUUUAGAAAACAGGUUCGUCUUUGUCGUCCUUGUGUUUCUGUUGUUGAUCAUCACCGGCUCUGCCGGUACCUUCACGGUGAAAACUUUCAAAGUGUUGCAGAAUGAUCAUGACAAUGUGACCGGUGAUCCACACCUUCAGUUUUUGCUAUGUCUCUGCUUUCUUCUCUUGUCCGGGACAGCCACCCUCAUCUUCAUUGGUUCUUGGAUCUACCUGGAAACCGCGGCACAUUGCCGAUUAAUGCGCAGGCGCAGAAUUCUUCAGCAACUUGGUCUCACAGUAUAA